AUGAAAGUAACAGUGCCUUCUCCGCGUUCCGUCCAAGAACUCAGUCCUUGUGUCCCAGCUCUGGCGAACGGUGUGGAGAAGCUCUCUAUUUCUCGCGCGAGUUCCAACUUGUGGCCCAGCUGUGCGAACGUGUCCGAGGCAGCACAAGGUCGCGAACCGUGCGCCGGAAACGCGUGCACCAAGGACUAUCGCGUCGAAGCGGUCGUGGUGCGCGCUAUGUGCUCGAGCUGAUCCAGUCGCGAGAACAUUCGACACGGGAUAGCUGCUGGCUCCAGCUACCAAAAUGGACUGGGGGUGCCAAACGGUGUCGCUGCUGCUCGCCCUGAGCGUUAUGCUCGCGUCGAUACACCAGGGCGACGCCGAUCGCAAGAUCGUCUGCUACUACACGAACUGGUCGAUCUACAGGCCGGGCACGGCCAAGUUCUCGCCGCAGAACAUCAAUCCGUACCUCUGCACCCAUCUGAUCUACGCGUUCGGCGGGUUCACCAAGGACAACGCUCUGAAGCCGUUCGACAAGUACCAAGACAUCGAGAAAGGUGGCUACGCGAAGUUCACCGGUUUGAAGACCUACAACAAGAACCUGAAGACCUUGCUGGCGAUCGGCGGCUGGAACGAGGGCUCCAGCCGAUUCUCGCCGAUGGUCGCCGACCCGGACCGCCGCCGCGAGUUCGUCAAGAACUCCGUCAAGUUCCUCAGGAAGAACCACUUCGACGGCUUGGACCUCGACUGGGAGUAUCCGGCCUUCAGGGACGGCGGGAAGCCGAGGGACAGGGACAACUAUGCCAGUCUGGUGCAGGAACUCAGAGAGGAGUUCGAGAAGGAGUCCUCGAAGACCGGACGGCCGAGGCUGUUGCUGUCUCUGGCGAUGCCGGCGGGCAUCGAGUACAUCGACAAAGGCUACGACGUGCCCCGGUUGAACGAUUACCUGGACUUCAUCAACCUGCUGUCGUACGACUAUCAUUCGUCGUACGAGCCCGCCGUCAACCAUCAUUCGCCGUUGUAUCCGUUGGAGGAGGACAACGAGUACAACUAUGACAGCGAAUUGACGAUCGACUACACGAUCAACCACCUGAUGAAGAAGGGAGCCUCGCCGGAGAAGAUCAUCCUCGGGAUCCCGACUUACGGUAGAUCGUACACGCUGUUCAAUCAGGACGCGACGGAAUUAGGUUCGCCAGCCGACGGCCCUGGCACCGAAGGGGACGCUACUCGGGAGAAGGGCUACCUCGCUUACUACGAGAUCUGCGACAGCCUGUCGCGUUCGGACGACUGGGAGGUGGUGCAGCCUAACCCGAAGGCGAUGGGCCCGUACGCGUUCAAGGAGGACCAGUGGGUCGGCUUCGACGACGAGGACAUCGUGAAGCUGAAGGCGAAGUACGCGAACGAGAAGAACCUCGGCGGCAUCAUGUUCUGGACGAUCGACAACGACGACUUCCGGGGCAAAUGCCACGAGCGACCCUACCCGUUGAUAGAGGCCGCCAAGGAGACCCUUCUGACCGACACCACGAACGCGGUGCAGAAGUCGAAGCCGUUGGACAGCCGCAAAAAGCCGCGUCUUCCAGCGAUCCAGAGCAACUCCGUGGCCAGGCGACACGGUACCAACGGCAGAAGAAGUACCACGACGGCGGCGCCGUUGUCGAAGAAACGCGUCGCACCGCCGAGGCCGAAGUUCAGGAGCUAUGCCAGAACGAAGACGAGCAAAGAGGAGGAGGAGGAGGAGGACCAGGGAGUAGACAGGCGGUCCUACAGCCAGUCUUCCGACGAGGAGGACGACUCUGACGGAGGCAACGUGGUCAAGACGGCGGAGAAGAACGACAGGUCGAGGGAGAAGACGAAGAGCAGGCCGAAGAUAAGAAGUUCGAGCCGGAACCGCAGGAAACAGAAUCGUCGCAAGGAGGAGAAGAACGACUCGGAGGAGGCGCCUUUCAGCAACAAACUUACCACCCCCGAGCCGCCGACCACGCCCGAUCCUGGCAGCGAUUUCAAGUGCGAGGACGAGGGAUUCUUCCCGCAUCCGCGGGACUGCAAGAAGUACUUCUGGUGCCUGGACAGCGGACCGAGCGGCCUCGGCGUGGUCGCGCAUCAGUUCACCUGUCCUUCUGGUCUGGUGUUCAACAAGGCCGCGGAUUCGUGCGACUACCCGCGGAACGUGGUCUGCCCGAAGUCGAAGACGUCGCAGGGCGCCGCGUCGACGACCAGGGCGCCGAUUACGGCAGCGACGAGCCGCACCACCUAUCUCUACAGCACGACGAGAAAGCCGACCACCGAGAAGCCCGAGGACGAGGAGGAGUACGACGAGGAGUACGAGGACGAGGACGAGCUCGAAGAGGAGGAACAGUCGGAGGAGAGGAAGGAGCCCAGCACGAGCACCACCCCGAAGCCGUUGCUCUACAAGACCAUUACCAGGAGCAAGCUCAGCACUACCACGACGACCACUACGACGACCUCGGCGCCCCAGGUGACCAGGAAGUCCGAGGGCCACGAAGAGUCGGCCAAGAUCCUCGACACCGAGGACGAGGAGGACCCCAAGGUGAUCAAGGAGCUGAUCAAGCUCAUCAAGAAAGCGGGAGGCAUCGAGGAGCUGGAGAAGCAGCUGUACCUGCAGGCCAAAGGCGCAGGCGAGACGAGCGUGGACACCGAGCGGGCCACUCCGGCUACCAUCAGCCGCAGCCUCUACGAAAGGGUGCUGAGUCGACAAAACGCCAAGGUCACGAGCAGAACCAGCGGAGCGACCAAUUAUGCGAACGGACCGGGCGGCGCGCAGUUCGAGGGCUUGGACGAGGUUCCCGAAGUGAGGAGCUUGAGGAGGUUCCAGAAGCCUCAGUACGUGACCAUCGAGAGGCCUAGACUCUCCACGAAGGAGCCACCGGUCGAAGAGGACGAAGACGACGCGGAGAACGACGAGCUCGAGGAGGACACCGCGGACGUGGCGUCCUCCGAGGAACAGACCGUCAGCAACCCGUUCCUGGCCAGCUCGAUCCAAAGGGCGACUCCUAAUUACAUAAACAUCAGACGGGCGCGACCCUCGACCACGACGUCCAGAAACGAGAACGACGUAGCGGCGAAGGACGAGGAAGAAGAGGAGCCGCCACUUCGUUCUAGACGACCCACGACCUCUUCAAAAAGCACCGAGGGCAACGCGUCGGAGGACAAGGCGGAAGAUUCCCGGACCUCGAACGAAGAGAACCCAACCACGAAGUCAAGGUACGUCAGCAUCCAGAGGUUCCGUAGCACGACCUCGAGGCCAGCGACGGAGGUUUCGGAGGCCUCGACGAGCCCGGCGCCGGUGACGCGAGCGGCUCCGAUCGAGAAGGACGAAGAGAAGCUGCAAACCAGCACCGCCGCGCCGACGAGCAGCUCUUCGACAACGAUAGCGACCACCGCGUCGAGCAACGUGGCCGUGGACGAGGACACGGAGAGAUCGACGACGAAAACGGUCCUCGAAUCGACGAGCAUCUCGACGACGGAGGCGGUGCGACUGGUCGAAGAAUCUGCGACGGAGAUCCUGCUGACCACCGCUCCGGCCGGGCUGUCGGUGACGGUGUCUCAGGCGUCGUCGACGCUGCCGUCGACGCUGCCAUCGACGCUGCCGUCGACGCUGGCAAUACCAAGCUCGAGGAGCAGCGCAGCGACGGUGGCUCAACCGAGGCCGUUCGGGCACAGCCGGCGCACCAGGCCGACCACGGAGUCGCCGACCACCCCGCUGCCGGGGUCAAAGGUGAGUAUAGCCUCGCGAAACCCCGCGCGCCCGGCCUUUCUGGCGGGAAGAGGUCGCUCGAGGUCGAAGCAGGAGGGCACCGGUCGCGGCGAGCCGGUGGCCGAAAGCGAGGGUCCUCCACGAGGGGCCGGCGAGGACGUAGGUAGGCCCGGCCGGUCGAGGCAGAGGGGCACGAGCAGGUACACGCCGCCCACGUUCAAGUCCAAGGCCGAGGAGCCGUCGAACUCGUUGGUCAGGGAGCGGGCGAGAGCCCCGGGCCCGGAGAGCACGCCGGAACCCUCCAGGCGACGGUGGCGGAGGCCGAUCUCGCGCGCGGUCACCGAGCACACGAAGGGCAACGAGCUCGAGGACAGUCCCGUGAUCAGGAUCACGCAGGCAACGCCGAAGAGGAUCCCCUCCAAGUCGCGAAGCGUGACCAAGCAGGCGGAGGAGGAGGAGGAGGGGGAGGAGGACAAGGUGACGAACAUAAAAGUGUUCAAGAAACCUGCCGCGAGCAGGGACGUCUACGCCAGGACCAGGUACACCAGGAAGAGGAACCAAGAGGAAGCUGGCAAGCCGACCAGCAGGGAGGUACCGACCAGCACGACGACCUUGAAGAUCGAAGAGGAGAUCCCCAACGACGCGACCACGGAGGAGCCGCAAACUUCGACGAAUGUUCCUUCGGAGGACGAGGCGACGACCGUCGAGACCAACACCGUCGAAUCGUCGAUCGCGCCCACGGAAUCGAUAGUGGAGAACGAAGUGGUCACUGUUACCGAGAGCCAAUCGCAAGCCCCGACUACGAUCAAGGCCGUUGACCCGGACGUCGUGAAGAUCGUGUUCAAGAACGCGAGCGAAGAGAACGCGAGCAACUCGUUGCCGAGGAGAAGGAAGGUGCUGUUGAGGAAGAGGCCGGUGACCUCGACCACCGUGUCGCACGAGGACGAAGAGGAGCAGCCGCUGCCGCGAAGGAGGAAGGUGAUCAGACGUCUUCGGGUCCAUCAGAACGUCAGCACGCCCGCGGAGCCCGCUACCACCGAGGACAACGAUCGGAUAGUCCUCAGGUUCACGACCCCGAAAGAAGCUGACACGACGCUGGAAGAGGACACCGAAGAGAGCACCUCCACGGAAAGUCUUUCCCCGUCGACGACGGAGACUGUCGGGACGAUAGGCUACACUUUCAGCUACUUCGACGCCGACUUUCUAAACUCCGACGCCGCCACGAUGGCCUCGACCCUGCUCGACAACUUCACCGUCGCCACCAACGACGGCGAAGCUCUCACGGAGGAGUCGACGACCUCGCCGACAACCUUCUCGACCGGUUCCACGGACGCCGGCAACGGCCUGGACGAGACGACGGCCAGCGAUCAGCCCGAGGCCGCGCCGACGGUGGCCUUGACGACGACCUCGCUGGCUCCGCAGAGCAGCCGACGGCUGGAGUCGUACAACAAGACCUACUACCAGGAAUCCAGAUUCAUCAGGAAGAAGUUCGUGCGCAGAAGACCGGUCGACUCCUCGGAGAACGUCGGCGCCGCGAGGCGGGUGUCUUCGACGACCGAGGCGAGCAACCCCGAAGCGUCGAAGCGCCGUAAGAGUCUGUUCAUCCGUCGCAGACCGGUGUCCUCGACGACCGCCAGGACUACCCAGACGAUCGAGGAACGGCCGGAAGAGGAGACGGACUUGGCGUUGGAGGUGGAGGACGCGUCCUUGGAGGCGACUCCGCGGUCGAAUCGAGCCAACGUCCGGCCGGUCUUCGAGAUCAAUCUGCAGAGCCACGGGGACUCGAACGAGUUCUGGAGCAGAUUCACCACCCCGUCGCAGUCGACCGGUCACCUGUCCCCGUUCUCGAUAGCACUGGAAGACGAGGCGCUUUCGACCGGAAGCGAGGAGGUCUACCGGUCCACGCCGAGCAACAACCGCAAGCCGGAAUCCCGGCCCAGGUACAGGGUGCCGGAGUCCUUGAGGCGGACCAUCAGCACCGAGGGGUCCUACCUCGUCGACUCCUCGCCGGAGGAGUCCGGGGAGAGCAACGACUCGAAGCUCGGCUACCAGAGCUACCGGCAGCCGAGGACUCGCGGCAAACUCUACGAAGAGGAGCCAGCGCCGGACGCCACUCAGUCGCCCAGCUUCGACUCUUCGGCGCACGUGAGGACAAGGUUCUACGCGCGGAGGCCCAAUCUCGGCACCACCACCACCGAGUCCCCGGUCACCGAGACCCUGAUCCCGGCGAAGAAGUUCGACUACGUGGCGGACGCUCACAGAAGGCAGCAGUCCCUGCGGACCACCCCGAGGAGCAACGCCGAGGAUCGCGGGGAGAACCUAGUGGACGCGGACUACACGACCACCCCGUCUUUGCAGCCGCUGGUCACCAGGCUGGUGACUUCGGUCGAAGAGUCGGCCACCACCGAGAGGCAGAAGAUCCUCAUCAAGACCAAGUACUCGUCCUUGACGUCCACCACGAGGAUACCGGUGCAGACCACCGCGUCCACAGUGCCCGAGGCCUCGGCGAGAACCACCGGCGAUCCUUCCGACGACGAGUCGGCGAACGAGAUCCGGCAGGGCCAGGUCGAGAGGUCGACGCUGCCCAUCGAGGGCGAGUUUCUUCACCGAGCCGGCGGCGGCCGACUGACCACCGAGUCCCACGAGUCGUCGACCAUCGAGAUCGAGUCUGUCUUCAGCAACUUGAUCGCCGGCAGGGAGCAAUGAGCCCCUUGCCAGCCCCCGCGAGCAUCAUUCAUCCCAUCGAUAUCAAAUGUACAUACGCUAGCGUCCAUCUUCUCGUCAUCCACACCGCACAGGAUCAUCAUGUUCGACUUCCGUUUCAUAGAAGAGGCCGGCGGCACGUUUCUUCGAGUUUGUUCCGCCUUGGCUCCGCCGUUCGUCUUCUCGCCGCUUCAUCGAUCCACGUUCUCUCGAGAGUUCAGUAGCAAAAGAGGACGCACGUGCGCCGAUACGAAGGAAAGCGCCGGCUUUCUCUUAUUUUCUCUCUCCGCCUCUUCUCCUCCAGGACGGAGACCGCCGGGGACGGCGCAGCGCGCAGAGAUAGAGAGGGAAUCGAGGGAAUGAUCCGGGAGGAUCGCGUGAUUAAGCGUGCUGCCUUCUUCUGAUUUUCAGGUCGCCGGCUCGGAGGCAAUUAGACUGCCGACCCUGAAGGAACUGAUCGGUCCUCGGACCGUCGACCGGCCAGAGAAUGGCUCGCCCGUGCAC